CGACUGAGCUUAACUGGGAAAUGUACAUUUUUAUGAAAAUGAAAUGUGAAGAUAUUUGAAAAAUAUACCUGGUAUCCCUGGCGAGCACUGCUUCAUAUUAUUUUUCAGUUGGCUGUAGGAUCAGUACUUGCUUAAAAUAUCUUUGGAGUAGUUUUCCUUUUGGAAGUUUUAAUCAUGUCGAAAAAAUUGCUAAUGUUGCUGCCCCACGGCGCAGAAGAAAUGGAAUUCGUCAUUGGUGUUGACGUUUUGCGAAGAUGCGGCGUGACCGUAACUAUAGCGGGACUUGGGGAUACCAAGAUUAAAUGUUCUAGAGAUGUAAUCAUCCAUGCCGAUACAACACUCGAUGAUGCAUCUAAGACAGACUACGACGCUAUAGUUCUUCCUGGUGGUCUUGGUGGAUCCAAAGCCAUGUCAGAAUCUUCUCAACUGGGAGAUAUUUUGAAAACAUUUGAAUCAAAUGGGAAACUGAUUGCUGCGAUUUGCGCAGCUCCAAUGGUUCUGCUGGCUCAUUCAAUUGCCCUUGGUAAAUCGAUAACAUCGUACCCAUCGUUUAAGGACCAACUCUCAGGCAAAUAUAAGUAUAUCGACGAUAAAAUAGUCGUGGUCGAUGGAAAUUUAGUGACCAGUCGGGGUCCCGGAACGGCAUUCGAUUUUGCCUUGAAACUUGGAGAAAUCCUAGUUGGCGCGGACAAAGUGAAGCAAGUUGCAUCAGGAAUGUUGUACAACAUGAACAUUCAUAAUUAGAGAAAUCAGAUUUCGAAGGACUGUACUGCUUAAGAUGAAAAUACACAUGAUAUAGUUAUCGUUUUCACGACAA